GUGUCUUCAGUCAGGAUAAAAGCACUGCCUGAGCCUGACCCAUACUCUACUUUAUUCACUUGUAUUUCAGUGUAUAGUCUUAAAAUGUCAGCUGAAACUAAGAAACCUGCUGAAAACUGUGGCCAGUUUAAAAACCUGCCUGCUCCUCUCAGCAACUUGGAAAUAAAAUACACCAAGAUUUUUAUAAACAAUGAAUGGCAUAAUUCAUGUAGUGGAAAGAAAUUCCCUGUCUACAAUCCCGCUAAUGGAGAAAAAAUAUGUGACAUUGAAGAAGGAGAUAAGGAAGAUGUAGACAAAGCAGUAAAAGCAGCUAGAGCUGCAUUCCAGAUUGGAUCCCCAUGGCGCACAAUGGAUGCAUCAGCAAGAGGAAAGCUGCUGAAUAAAUUGGCUGACCUCAUGGAGAGAGAUAUUUUAAUUCUAAGCACAAUCGAGUCUAUUGAUGCCGGAAAGCCAUUUAGUGCAUCGUAUUUCGCAGAUAUACCAGGAGCUAUUAAAUCGCUGCGCUACUGCGCAGGCUGGGCAGAUAAAAAUACUGGACGUACAGUACCAAUGGAUGGAGACUUCUUUUCUUUUACAAGACAUGAGCCUGUUGGAGUGUGUGGUCAAAUAAUCCCUUGGAAUUUUCCACUUGUAAUGUUUUCGUGGAAAAUUGCUCCUGCUCUGUGCUGUGGUAACACAGUUGUCAUCAAGCCAGCCGAGCAAACACCACUGACUGCUCUGUAUAUGGGAUCACUGAUAAAGGAGGCUGGAAUACCACCAGGUGUGGUAAAUAUUGUGCCUGGCUAUGGGCCGACAGCAGGAGCAGCAAUUUCUAACCAUAUGGACAUUGACAAAGUUGCUUUCACAGGUUCAACUGAGGUUGGUAAACUGAUAAAACAGGCAGCUGGAAAGAGUAACCUCAAAAGAGUUACACUGGAGCUUGGUGGAAAAAGUCCCAACAUCAUUUUUGCGGAUGCAGACUUGGACAAUGCAGUUGAGCAGGCACACCAUGGUCUGUUCUAUCACCAAGGUCAGUGCUGCAUAGCUGGAUCCAGGAUAUUUGUGGAAGAACCCAUCUAUGAUGAAUUUGUACGCCGAAGUGUGGAAAAAGCUGUUUUAGGAGACCCUCUUUGUCCAGGGAUACAACAAGGUCCACAGAUCGACAAAGAACAAUAUGACCGAAUCCUUGAGCUAAUUGAAAGUGGCAAGAAAGAAGGAGCAAAGUUGGAAUGUGGUGGCAGUGCUUGGGGUGACAAAGGUUUCUUCAUACAGCCCACUGUUUUCUCAGAUGUCAAAGAUCACAUGCGUAUUGCCAAAGAAGAAAUAUUUGGACCAGUACAACAAAUAAUGAAAUUUAAAACUAUUGAUGAAGUUAUUCGGAGAGCAAAUGACACAACAUAUGGAUUGGCUGCUGGUGUUUUCACCAAAGACAUGGAUAAAGCAAUGACUCUGGCUGCUGCUCUGCAAGCAGGAACAGUAUGGAUAAACUGCUAUAGUGCAAUGUCUCCUCAGUGUGCUUUUGGAGGAUUUAAGAUGUCAGGAAACGGACGGGAAAUGGGAGAAUAUGGCCUACAUGAAUACACUGAAGUUAAGACUGUUACCAUGAAAAUCCCACAGAAAAAUUCUUAAAGAUGCCAUCUUCCACACUGAAAACAUGUGGUUUGCAAGAAGGAUCGAAAUAUCUGUUAACUGCCAGUUGUGUAUUAAUCAAGCAAUUAAAAGAUACAUUUUAACA